AUGAAACCAACAACCUUCCUCCUCACCACCCUCCUAGCCCUGACCACGGGUACCACCCUAGCCGACAAAACCUGCACCCCAAGUUUCGAUUACUGCGCUAACAAGCUGUUGAGUUCGAAAGGUUUCACGGAAGCAGACCUCGAAACCGCGCUGCAAGGCACGGGGCUCGAGAAUGACGAUCUAGCCAAUAUUCUGUUCCAUUGCAAGAACCCGGGGGAUGUGGGGCAUGCGCAGCUGUGUGCCGGGGGUUGUACGGAUCCGGCGACGGAGGGAAGUCAUGGGUGUUCUGGUUAG